UCGUAUUCAUAAUCAAAUCAAGUAUAAAACUUCACAACAUUGAAGAUUAUACUAUGUCACUAUACAAUCAGAAACCAGUCUAUAAUCGGAACUUCUAUCAAUACACUAACUACUUUUGUUUUCAUUUUGAUUUGUUUUGAUUUUUGUUGUUGUAUUUAUUUUUCCAUAUAUAAUAUUGUUUUAAGAUAAUGACUACAUCUGAAAGGCCAUAUGGGGAAAUACACAUUCUACUGUCGAGAAUUUAGAAAAACUCAUGAAGUGCUACAACCUGCGAAAAUGUUUACCAGGGAUCCAUCUCUUGGUUUUAGGGAUAUUUGUUUACAGAUUAUUAAAUUUUUGAAAGAGGGAAAAAAGAUUGCAAUUGUGGAUUCCAAUGAGUGUAAAAAGACUAGGCUAUCAUAUGUCAAAUUACUACAGAAAAAGUGUGAACAUAUGUCCAUAGCAGUCGUCAGUAUUUUACCCAAAUAUGGCUGUGAGCAGUUGUUCUGGACACGGGAACAAAGAUUGGCUUCAGAGUCUGCUGUCUUUGAAACAAGAGAUGGCUGUACAUCGGAGAUUUCUGUCAACGACAGCCGACUAACUAAGUGGUUCUCUAAAGAUUCUGACGUGGAGAUAAAGUACAUGCAUGGUAUAGUUGAGAGGCCUUCUGAAUCUGAAGGCUGCACAGUUAUUGAGAAGCAUACUGGAAUUUACACUAUGUCUGUCUACAAAUUUGAAGUACCUGUGAUAUUUAUCCAAUGGGAAGUGAUUUGUGAACUAGAGGAUGACAACAGAGGAAUGUCCAAGUUGUCAAAGGCAUUACAUUUGUGGGCAGACAUUAAUAUAUGUGGAAGAAUUAUUGUUGUAUGUGAUGGUUCACAGGUCAAUACUGGUGAACAAACAAAGAUACAACAACAAGCAAAUAUUGACACAUCUGUCAGCAGCUUGAUAAAACAGUUUACCAGAUGUCCAGUAUAUGUAUACCAUGUUGUGGAUAGGAAGCAAGCUGGCAGUUACAUUGUCCCUCCAAAACCAGGAAUUCUGGCAUUUUUACAGCAGAGGCAUUGUCUUAAUUUACAUUCUAGGAGAAGUGUUUACAUAUUUGAGUCAUCAUGUCACAUGAAUAUGGCCGAAAAUGCAGGAGUCAGACAUAUUAAGGCUUCAAGAGUGAUAGAUCACCCAUCCUUGCUCAUCUCGAGCCAUGCAGCUGUCACUCCAUCCAUUCCUGAAAUGUUGAAGACACAGAAAAUAUUGCCUGUUCAAUCUAGUGAUAAACUACCGUCUAUACCUCUUGUACAAUUAAAGGAUACAUUUUCCGAGAAGAAAAUUUCACAAAAUUUACAGCAUGGAAGAUGUGAAUAUAUGUAUGCUGCAGAUUUUGAAAUGAUUGAAAGGUAUAAUGAUUCAUAUAUAAAGUCUGCGACUAAAGUAGGAACACCAGGAAGUAAAAUGUCACCCAAGAAGAAAUGCCAUUCUACACCAGAAAAAUCUAAUACUAGUCUCAUUUCUAAUUUAUCUACUGACCAAUCAAGACUUAACCUUGCAUCACGUGACCUUCCUAAAUGGAUGAUGAAAAAAGACAGAAGUCAAGGUUCAAGGUCAUCUGAAGAUAACAACCAAUCAGAAUGUGGAAAACAAAAACUUGAAAAAAUCAGGAAAACAAUGUAUGUGAUGACAGAAAAAGAAUUGGUUGAGGUAGCAUGUGAUAUUCUUAAACAGGGUGGCAAAGAUGAAAUUGUGGAAAAGUUUCUAUUAAAAAGUAACUUUGAAAAUGAAUUGUGUUCAGAUAAACAAGAAACAACAAGGAAGAAAUCUGAAAGUAGUAGGCAUAUAAGUGAGUGUGGAAAAUCAAAAAUGACAAUGGAGAAAACAGAAAGUUUGAAUGAUGUAGGUGACCAGUUAGGUAAUGUGUGUCCUAAAAUGGAAACUGAAUCUGAUUUGGAAUUUAAUGAACUUAAUACGGUUUUAGAUAAGGACAUUGCUAUUAAUAUGUCAGCAGAUGACCUAGAUACAUUAGGGACUAGAGAAUGUGGGUCACAUAUUGACGAGACAGUUGCAAGUGUUUUAGAUGAUUUCUCUAUGUCCAAUGUCCCAUCAAAACCAUCUCCAAGAAAAAGGACAAGGAUAAAGGAGGAAACAGAUGUUAGAAGCAGUACACCGUGUAAACAUAGACAGUUGGAAAUAAAGAAACACAUUUCUAGUGACAUUGAUUUCAAGAAUAAACAAAAUUUAUACAACAUUCACAAGAAAGGAAAUCAUACUUAUGUUAGUGAUAUUGAGGUAUUAUCAGGUGAAUUUAUGACAAAGAAAAGAAAAUCCAGGCAAACUCCCGAUCUCUCUCAUCUAGAUGAUAUUUUCUAAGGUCAAUGUUCAUAAAGUCAUAACAAUCAUUUAAGACUAAAGUGUUUCAGCAGACACCACAUUAGAUAAUAAAGAUGUCCAAGAAAAGAAUUAAAGUAAAAUAAAUUGGACAUGUAUCUAUAUGGUAUCAUAUAACAAUGAUAUAGAUUAAAUACUGACUUACUGUGUCAUAUUUUACUUUAUUACAGCUCAAUUCAGCCUGCAAUGUCUAAAUACAGUGGUAUUUGUAUUGGUAUACAUGUUUUACUUGGACUUGCUUUUACUUCCAACCUUUUAAUUUGAUGACUACCAUGUUAUGUAUGUUAUAAGCAGUUUGAUAUUAUUGAUAAGAAUUUGCACAUUCUUUCUAUGCAAAGUUUUGGUGACAGUGUUGUUUGUCUUAUAUUAUCCAAAUUUUUAGAGCUGUAAAAUUAUUUAAUUCAUUAAGGGUUAUUCACAGCAAGGACUUUAAUUCCGUUCUCACAGUCCGGAGUAUUUCAGUUUUACUGUCGUUUAAUGUCAUUAUAUGGCAAAUUUAAAUGUAAUAAGGCAAAUUUAAAAUAAUUACAACAUUCGAAAUGAAAUCAAGUAGUUCAAUUGUCUUCUGUUGCUAAAAUGUAUCACAUGUGUCAUGUAUAACAUUGAAUUUGCUAUCUCUCAAAUAAAAAGGCAUAUUUUUGUCUUGGAAUUUGCAAUCUUGGGUAU